UCGGCCGGUGCUGCAUCAUGGUGACGCUGGCAGAACUGCUGGUGCUGCUGGCAGCGCUGCUGGCCACGGCCUCGGGCUACUUCGUCAGCAUCGACGCGCACACGAAGGAGUGCUUCUUCAAGCGGGUCACCUCGGGCACCAAGAUGGGCCUCAUCUUCGAGGUGGCGGAGGUGGCGGAGGGUGGUUUCCUGGACAUCGACGUGGAGAUCACAGGACCAGAUAAUAAAGGAAUCUAUAGAGGAGACCGGGAGUCCAGAGGGAAGUACACGUUUGCAGCCCACAUGGAUGGGACAUACAAGUUCUGCUUUAGUAAUAGGAUGUCCACUCUGACUACAAAGAUAGUGAUGUUCACCAUUGACAUUGGGGAGGCUCCUAAAGGACAAGACAUGGAGAAAGAAGCUCAUCAGAACAAGCUAGAAGAAAUGAUUAAUGAGCUGGCAGUGGCCAUGCAUCUUUCAAAAAGAAAGAAAAGAAAGAAAGAAAGAAAGAAAGAAAGAAAGAAAGAAGGAAGGAAGGAAGGAAGGAAGGAAGGAAGGAAGGAAGGAAGGAAAGAAAGAAAGAAAGAAAGAAAGAAAGAAAGAAAGAAAGAAAGAAUGUCUGAUUCUAGUUAUUUUUACUGUACAUCAGUACAGGCUGCUACUCCCGUCAUCUGGAUUAUAUAUGAACAACAGGGUUUUCUCAUUCUGGAGAGUCCAAAGUGUUCUACAGAUUCUUGUGAUGAGGCCUCCCUGAACAAGCCAGGAUCAUCUACUUUCAUAGAGUCGACUGAUGAAUCAAUCCGGUCCCAUCUUUCGCCUUUAACUGCCCUUUGCCAUGGGAUCUUCAUGUGCCAAGAUUUGGGGAGUUAA